AUGAGUCAACUUUCUUCUGCCCUCCAGAAACAAAAGAGGGCUUCUAAAUACCAAGGCUUAUUUACAGGUCCAGAAAGGAGCAUGUCAUUGAGUGGUCCUAUUGCCAUGGCCACUGGAACCAAGGAUCAACGACAAAGCCUUAACCAGACCCAGCUUCAGGUACCCAAUCGUCUGAUCCACGAGAAGUCACCUUACCUACUACAACAUGCCUACAAUCCUGUAGACUGGUUCCCAUGGGGACAAGAAGCUUUUGAUAAAGCCAAGAAAGAAAAUAAGCCAAUUUUUCUUUCAGUUGGCUACUCAACUUGUCACUGGUGUCACGUGAUGGAGGAGGAAUCAUUUCAGAAUAAGGAUAUUGGGCAGAUACUCAGUGAGGACUUCGUGAGCGUAAAAGUGGAUCGAGAAGAGCGUCCUGAUGUGGACAAAGUGUACAUGACCUUUGUGCAGGCCACCAGCAGUGGUGGGGGCUGGCCCAUGAAUGUGUGGCUGACUCCUGACCUCCAGCCAUUUGUGGGGGGCACAUACUUUCCCCCUGAGGAUGGAGUAACACGUGUAGGUUUCCGAACUGUUCUCCUGAGGAUCCGUGAGCAGUGGAAGCAAAACAAGGCAAUGUUAAUGGCAAAUAGUCAACGGGUCACAGCCUCCCUGUUGUCCAGGUCUGAGAUUUGCAUGGGUGACAGAGAGCUACCCCCCUCUGCCUCAGCAGUCAGCAACCGAUGUUUCCAGCAGUUGGAUGAGGUCUAUGAUGAAGAACAUGGUGGUUUUGCAGAAGUCCCCAAAUUCCCUACACCUGUGAUCCUUAGCUUCCUGUUCUCUUAUUGGGCCACUCAUCGAAUGGCCACUGAUGGUUUUCGAGCCCAGCAAAUGGCCAUGCACACACUGAAGAUGAUGGCAAAUGGGGGCAUCCGAGACCAUGUGGGGCAGGGUUUUCACCGCUAUUCCACUGAUCGUCAGUGGCAUAUCCCUCACUUUGAGAAGAUGCUUUAUGAUCAGGCCCAGCUGGCGGUAGCCUACACUCAGGCCUUCCAGAUCUCUGGAGAUGAAUUCUUUGCUGACAUUGCCAAAGACAUCCUACAAUACGUGAGCCAGAACUUGAGUCACCAGUCUGGUGGCUUCUGCAGUGCAGAGGAUGCAGAUUCUAUACCUGAGGGAGAAAAGAAAGCCAAAGAGGGAGCCUAUUACCUGUGGAGGGUGAAGGAGAUCAAAGACCUACUGCCAGAACCUGUGGAAGGCUCUAAUGAGCCGCUGACCUUAGGCCAACUCUUCAUGAAGCAUUAUGGAAUUACAGAGAAUGGCAACAUCGGAAGCACCCAGGACCCUCAUGGAGAGCUUCAGGGUCAGAAUGUGCUGACAGUACGGUACUCAAUGGAUCUCACCGCUGCUCGCUAUGGUCUGGAAGCAGAGACUGUCCGGAUGCUACUAGAUAUUGGGCGUGAGAAGCUCAUACAGACCCGAAAACGUCGUCCCCGGCCCCGAUUGGACAGCAAGAUACUGGCAGCCUGGAAUGGAUUGAUGGUAUCUGGUUUUGCAAUAACAGGGGCUACCCUGGGCAAUGAGGAGAUGAUCAAACGGGCCAUCGAUGGGGCCAAGUUUUUGAAAAGGCAUCUGUUUGAUGUCAGUAGUGGACGACUUAUUCGGGGGUGCUAUGCAGGUGCUGGGGGAACUGUGGAGCAAAGCUCCUCCCAGUGGUGGGGCUUCCUAGAAGACUACGCCUUUGUGAUCCGAGGUUUGCUGGACUUGUAUGAAGCUUCCAGGGAAUCUGCAUGGCUAGAGUGGGCAUUGAAGUUGCAGGAUAUGCAAGAUAAGCUCUUCUGGGACACCCAAGGAGGUGGCUACUUCUGUAACGAAGUUGAACUCCGGAAUGACCUCCCUCUUCGACUCAAAGAUGAUCAGGAUGGCUCAGAGCCUAGUGCUAACUCCGUGUCUGCCCACAACCUACUGCGGAUUCACGGCUACACCGGCCGCAGGGACUGGAUGGACAAAUGUGUCAAGCUGCUGACAGCCUUCUCCGAUCGGCUCUGGAAGGUCCCCGUGGCACUGCCAGAGAUGGUCCGGGCCCUGGUCAUCCAGCAGCAGACAGUGAAACAGGUUGUCAUCUGCGGGAGUCCACAGACUACGGACACCCAGGCUUUAAUCAACUGUGUCCACUCAGUCUAUGUACCCAACAAAGUGCUAAUUCUCGCUGAUGGAGACCCUUCCAGCUUCCUUGCUCGACAGUUGCCAUUCCUGGCCAGGUUUCAUAAGCUAGAGGGCCGGGCCACAGCUUAUAUAUGUGAAAAUCAGGCAUACUCAAUGCCUGUCACAGAACCUGCGGAACUUCGAAAACUGUUGCUGCUGUGA